CUCGACUGUGCAGCUUCCCGGCACUGGGUAGCUGGGCUGCGGCGGGGCUCGGCGACGAGGCGUCCCUCCCGGCCCGGGAACGCUGCGACGGGCGCGCCCGCCCCAACCUCCAUGCAGGAAUUCACUGGGUCCCUCUGGCGUCGCGUGGGCCCCCCGCCCAGAGCAACGGCACUCCUCUCUCGGCUCCUGGGCGCCGCGGGGAGGAGGGCGAGGCUCGAAGACCAGCUCCGUGCGGAUCGAGGUGGAGUCCCCGGGCCCAAGGCUGGCGAGACUCUGUCAGGCGCCCUCUCCUCGGCUUCGACACCGCUGCGGGCCCGGGGCCCACAGACUGCUUGGGUGCAUAUUUGCCCUUGGAUCUCCCACCACUAGUAAUCCAGUCUCUCCCUGAGACCCCGGCUUCUGAGGACAAGUGAGGUUACCACGGAGUGUCCUGCUGCAGGGGGAUACCCAAAGCUUCAUGUUACAAGAGGCCUGGCACAGAGAGUGAAGGAGCUACACUGAAGUCGCACAGCAGGUACCAGCACCCCGGCCUUUAUGCCAGGGUUCUCGUCUGCUCUGGCAAGGUGGAUUGAGUCUUCUGCGUGGCUGUAGCAGUCACCAGGCCUACAGGCCUGUGAUAUGAAAAGACCAAGACAAUGACCUCAGGUCUACGCCGCUUUUAAUAAUUAAAUAUUUUAUUCCUUGGUGUGCACGGGACUUAGAGAAGUGAGUACGUCCAGUCUCUGCCAUUAAGCACCUGCCAGCUUGAGUUAGGCAGACAAGACGAUUAUCUAGAAUGUUUCCUGAGCAGCAGUAUGUGCAGGCUACAGCCAAGUAACUAGGGAUUCAAGGAUGAAAAAGACACGAUCCUUGCCCUGAAGAGCCCUCGCCUCAUUGGGAGACUGCCACAUCAGUGACAAGCCACACGUGGAGUGACAGGAGUCCUGAUGGGGGAACAGUUCUUGGAGCACAGCCGGCAGCUAUCAGGCUCAGUGGGUUCGAGGACCACCCCUCUCCAUCAAGUGGGUCAGCACAGAGCCAAGCUGAGUUUACACCUUCCCUGGAGAGCCAUGGGCUAGAGGGUUGAUGGCACUUUCCUGUUGGUUCUUGGUUUUCAUCUGUUUCCUACUAACACUACACCUGAGCUCAAACUCCAGCCUGGCUGACUGGGGCCGUGAGCCUCUGCCCUGGUUCCGCCUACCUCCCCAGCAGAGAUGCUCCCGUAUUUGUGCAUGCUUCGCUCAGCCUAGGUGGCCUUCCAUCACCCUCAGUUCUGGCCCUCACCUGAUGCUGAGAGCAGCCUCCUCCCAGAAGCUCCCUCCAACAGAGCCUUCAGAGAAGGACGUUUACCUGAAACCAAGUCAGGUGUAUCUAAACAUUUGCAUUUAGAAGAAACCAGACUCUCAAACUCUUGUCAAGUUGGGAAACCUGUCCAGUCAUUUUAUGCGUUGCCUCUAUGCAUGGGAGAGUGGAUGAAAGCCCAAGUACCCUCUUUAACUUAAAGGGAAUUCAAAGCAUUUGUACCUCAAAACGUAUGUCACUUGGAACAUUAUCACCCAGAGCACCACAUUUUAGGGUGAGACAAGCCUGUCAGGAUAUGGACCUCCCAGUAUAUCGGGUAACCAGCACAGGCCGUGGGAGGUCUUCUCAGGGAUGAUUUGAGGACUCAGAACACGAUCUGCUUUCUUUGGAAAGUGCUUUCUCCUAAUCUUGAGGAGGAUUUCUUUUGCUAGCGGUUAAAGAGCCUGAAGUUUGUCAAGGCUUUAUCCUGGAAUUGCACUAGUUAGCACUGAGGAAAGAGGCAGGUCAACGAAGCUCAGAAAUAAUACGAAAAAGAAAUAGAUGAAGGUUCUUAACCAAUGAAACAUGAGCCAUGCUGGUGAUGCUUCUACAAGCACCUGGACCUGACCUAUCACUGGGACCGACUGAUUCCUGUUUGAAUUCGUGGUGAAAUUGGGAUUCUUUUAGAUGGGAUUAGAGACAGAGAAUGUCAGAUUUUUUAGACAAUGCAAGCAAGAUCGUAGUUGAUGGUUCCCUGGGGUUUUGGCCUUCAGUGGAUGAGUUGGCUCCAGUUAAGUGCCACAAGGAGAAUGGGAGCCGGGUAAGGGAACCAGGGAGUGGGGUCAGGGAGGACUGCUUGAGAAGGGCCCUCAGAGCAGAGCUCUGAAUGAGUGAGGGGCCAGCACCACCAACACCUCCUCUCAGGACCUGUUUCUAGGAGCAGCCAGGCGCUGAGGCAGGAAGGAAUGUGUGGCAAACCUAAGGAUGGCUGGGGGAGUGGGGAAGCACAGGGGCAGCAGUGUGAGGGGAGCCAGUGGGGAUUUGGGCAGAGAUGUGAUGGGGGUUCACUGGCUGCUCUGUGGAGGAUGGACCCAAGGGAGGGCCAGCGUGAGGGUGGGAGCAAGUUUCAUCCAGCUCAGAAUACAGGCUCCAGGUGAUGGGAGGUACCUUCCAUGAGGGUCACAUGUGGCUCCCACAUCCUGUAACUCCAAAAGCACGUUGUCUGGUCCCAAAUACAAGAAGUGGAGAAGGAGGAAGUAAAGGGCGGGGAAAACUCCAAUUUGGGGACCAUGCGGCAGUCGUUGGUCCAUGGUACACAUGAGUCCUACUGGACGCAGGUGUGGAGACACCGGCCCCUGGCAGAGGAAUAAGAAUUCCUUGGUUGGGACUUCCCUGGUGGCGCAGUGAUUAAGAAUCUGCCUGCCAAUGCAGGGGACGCGGGUUCGAGCCCUGGUCCGGGAAGAUCCCAUGUGCCGCAGAGCAACGAAGCCCAUGCGCCACAACUACUGAGCCUGCAUUCCACAACUACUGAAGCCCGUGCACUUAGAGCCCAUGCUCUGCAACAAGAGAAGCCACUUCAGUGAGAAGCCCAUGCACCACAACGAAGAGUAGCCCCGUUCGCCACAACUAGAGAAAGCCUGCACGCAGCAACGAAGACCCAACGCAGCCAAAAAUAAAUAAAUUAAUUAAUUUUUUUAAAAAAAAGAAUUCCUUGGUUAGCAACUGAGUAAACGAUGAUGCCAUCUACUGAGAUGAGGAAAACUGGGAACAGUGAGGUUGGCGGGGGUGGGUUUCUGGGAAAUAAGUGCUCUGUUUGGUCAUGUCCAGCCUGAGACUCGUUAGAUGUCCAGGUGGGAUACGUGAGCAGGAAAGGGAAGGGGGUCGUGUUCCCAUGCCUCCCCCACCCCUUCCCUGCCCAUCUGUCCCUUCAUAACUCAGCGCUCAAAGACCUCACGGCUGUGUUCCUCCCAAACACUCGUUUAAUCUAAUGUUCAUGGUCUUGUUUCUCUCCAGCCUCAGAAGGGUUGUUGGUGCUCUUCUCUUUGUUGCAGAGUUUCUGUUCCAGAACUGCAGUUACCAGCUUGGAAAAAUACAGUGUUGUGUCUAAAGCAAGACCUUUCUGAAGAAGUGGAGUUACAAGGAAAUUGGUAAGGCUGGAGAACUUUGCUGCUGGUCGUUCUCCUUGGCCCUUGCCGGCUUCCAGUGGUCCUUCCUCUCUCCUGGGGACAAGAAGGAUGGAAAAGCCCACAGGCAAAAAAAUGAAGGCACAGACGCCAGAGGAAGAAGUACGUGUGCAGAAGGACUCUCCCAAGGAAGAUAAAGCGUCUAGGAAAAAGAAGCCAAACCAGAGAUCCACUUUGGCCAAAAAGCACAGUAAGGAACCCAGCCUGAGUCGUGAGGACGAGGAACACAUGUUUGAGGCCUUCAAUGCUUCGUUUAAAGAUGACUUUGAGGGGGUUCCUGUGUUCACUCCCUUCCAGAGGAAGAAGCCCUACGAAUGCAGCGAAUGUGGGCGCGUCUUUAAGCACAAGAUGGAUCACGUUCGCCACCAGAGAGUCCACACUGGAGAGAAGCCGUUCCAGUGUGCCCAGUGCGGGAAGACAUUCAGGCACAGCUCCGACGUGACCAAGCACCGGAGGAUUCACACCGGAGAAAAGCCCUUUAAAUGCAGUGAGUGCGGCAAAGCCUUUAACUGCGGUUCGAAUCUCCUAAAACAUCAGAAAACCCACACUGGAGAGAAGCCGUACGAAUGUAAGGAAUGUGGGAAAACCUUUGCCUACAGCUCAUGUCUUAUUCGCCAUCGGAAACGUCACCCACGGAAGAAGCACUGAGCGUGUGAGGCCUGCGGCAAGAGCUUCCAGUACAACUCGCUGCUGCUGAAGCACCAGCGCAUCCACACGGGCGAGAAGCCGUACGCCUGCCACGAGUGCGGCAAGCGCUUCCGCGGCUGGUCGGGCUUCAUCCAGCACCACCGCAUCCACACGGGCGAGAAGCCCUACGAGUGCGGCCAGUGCGGCCGCGCCUUCAGCCACAGCUCGCACUUCACGCAGCACCUGCGCAUCCACAACGGCGAGAAGCCGUACGAGUGCGGCGAGUGCGGCCAGGCCUUCAGCCAGAGCUCCAACCUGGUGCGGCACCAGCGGCUGCACACGGGCGAGAAGCCGUACGCCUGCAGCCAGUGCGGCAAGGCCUUCAUCUGGAGCUCGGUGCUCAUCGAGCACCAGCGCAUCCACACGGGCGAGAAGCCCUACGAGUGCCCCGACUGCGGCAAGGCCUUCCGCGGCCGCUCGCACUUCUUCCGGCACCUGCGGACCCACACGGGCGAGAAGCCCUUCGCCUGCGGCGCCUGCGGCAAAGCCUUCGGCCAGAGCUCCCAGCUCAUCCAGCACCAGAGGGUGCACUACCGAGAAAAGCCUUACCGAUGCAGCACUUGCGACAGGAGCUUCAAAUGCUAUUCGGAUGUGGUGAAACACCAGAGCAUUCACUCUGGGGAGAAACCCUACGAGUGCAGCGACUGUGGGAAGGCCUUCAUCCACAGCUCCCACGUCGUCAGGCACCAGCGCAUUCAUAAUGGGGAGAAGCCUUACGUUUGUAAGGAGUGUGGGAAAGCCUUCAGCCAGAGCUUCAACCUCAUUAGACACCAGAGAAUCCACACGGGAGAGAAGCCCUAUGAAUGUGCUGAGUGUGGCAGGUCCUUCAGUCAGAGGUCAGACGCCAUUAAGCACCAGAGAAUUCACACUGGUGAGCGGCUGUAUGAAUGCAGCGAGUGCGGGAAAACCUUCAUCCACAGCUCAAACGUCGUCCGGCACCAGAGAAUUCACCACGGAGAGAAUCCUUACGAAUGCAAAGAGUGUGGGAAAGCCUUCAGCCAGAGCUCCAACCUCAUUCAGCACCAGCGGGUCCACACCGGGGAGAAGCCCUACGCCUGCCAGGAGUGUGGGCGCGCCUUCAGCCGCAGCUCCUUCCUCAGCGAGCACCGGCGCAUCCACACUGGGGAGAAGCCCUACGAGUGUGGCGAGUGCGGCCGUGCCUUCAGGGCCCUGUCGGGCUUCUUCCGGCACCAGAGGAUCCACACUGGGGAGAAGCCUUUCCACUGUGCCAGGUGUGGCAGGGCCUUCCGCCUGAGCUUUCAUCUCAUCCAGCACCAGCGAGUUCACGGCACGGAGUGAGCCUGUUGGGGGGUGAACGUGGAGUGGAAAAUUGAGUAAAUAAGAUUGGAGUGUGGGUACAACGCCCUUCACUUUUUGCCCAUGCCCCCAGCUUUGUGUAUUUCACCCCACAGGAAGAGGAUAAAACUGUCUUGGUGGUCUCCAAGCCUGCCCGUGGAGGCCUGCAGUUUGUCUACCGCCGCCUGGCCAGGAGCACCAGAAAGGAAAGAGGAGCCUUGGGGAAGGAGACGUGAUGGCAACGUGUGCCUCGGAAGUUAAUUUAUUUCAUUUUCACAGCACUGGGUUUUUCCUGAAGUAUAAUUUACAUACAGUGGAACGCAUAGAUCUUAAGUGUUUCUUUCGUUUUAUGAGUUUCAACAAGUACAAUGUGCUUUGACCUUUACGCCCACCACACUCUCAAGAUGUAGACUAUUUCCAUCACCCCAGAAAGUCUCCUUAUGCCCCUUCAAGUCAGCCCUUUAUCCUCAGAGGCAACCAGUGAUCUCGUUUCUGUCACUAUAGUUUUGCUUGUUCUAGAACGUUAUAUAAAUAGUGAUAUAAUUUAUACUCUU